AUGACGCAUCGUCUACCACCAGAGGGUUGUUCAGGUAAAAAUAGGCUGGAUAACAAAGUCACAAUUAUCAACGAUAACCAGGUUAAUGGAAUGAUUAUUUUGUCUUUGCGUGCCAGUUUGGUGACCCAAUGCAAAUGUCACGGCGUGUCCGGCUCUUGUAACAUCAAAACCUGUUGGAAAGGUUUACCAAGAUUUCAAGUUAUUGGAGAACAUUUAAGGCAGAAGUACAAUGUGGCUACUGAGGUAAUGAGUCACGGGAUUAAGAAACAGCCAAAACUACUUCAAGUCAAUAGCCAACAGGGGUUAUAUCAAAGAGAUGACCUUGUUUACAUAACAAAAUCUCCUGAUUACUGCUUACCAAAUCCAAAGGUCGGCUCGAUUGGCACGUUAGGCAGGAGGUGUAAUGCUACUUCCGAUGAUACUGACAGCUGUGACUCAAUGUGCUGUGGACGAGGUUAUAGGACAUAUACGGUGAAAAAAGAGGAACAGUGUCAUUGCAAAUUUUAUUUGUGUUGUUACGUCAAGUGCGAACAAUGUUGGACACAGGUAGAUAUCCAUGAAUAUCAUAGAUCAGGGGUUCCCAAACUAGGGACCGAGGACCCCCGGGGAUUCGCAGCAGAAGAACAGCGACAGUGGGACGAAAUGUCAGUAGAAGAUGUCCGUAGUGAAUGUUGUUUUGCAAUAAUGAACCAGUGUGGUUUUUCUUUUCAGUUAUGA